AGGGCCAUUCCCCUGAAUGGCAUGUGCAAGAAAGAGGGAUUUUCAAUUAUUAAAAGUGUGGUGUUUUUUAAACACCGGGGGAAGGGAAGGGGGGGGGGGAGGAGGAGGAGAAAGAGCGGGACGCGAUAGAGCAGUCCACUGUCCACUCAUCAGGGCAGAAUAGUACUGAAGAGGAGAUCCUGUGCGGAGAGAGAGGAUGCGCGCGUGUGCUGGACACGGCGCGGAACAUUCUUUGCAUUUUUUUUCUUUUUUUUUGCUCACACACAAUCGGAGAUCAAUCAUACGACAGCAACAUCCAUGCACACGGUCGCGGCGGGGGAGACGCGCGCGCGUGCGCAUUUAAGAGUGAGAAGAGAACUUGGCGACGGCCUUGGCACCCUCAGAGACGGCGUGCUUGGAGAGCUCACCGGGGAGGAUGAGGCGGACGGCGGUCUGGAUCUCACGAGAAGAGAUGGUGGAGCGCUUGGUGAAGGCGGCCAGCUUGGAGGCCUCAUCGGCAAUGCGCUCGAAGAUGUCGUUGACGAAGGAGUUCAUGAUGGCCAUGGCAUCGGUACCGAUGCGGGUCUCGGGGUGGACCUGCUUCAGGACACGGUAGAUGUAGGAGGAGUAGGUCUCCUUGCGGCUGGUGCGGCGCUUGCGCUUGCCAUCGGCACCACGGGUGGCCUUGGAGGCGACCUUGGAGGGGGUCUUGCCGGCGGGCUUCUUGUCAGCGCCCUUGUGGUCGGCGGCGGGGACGGGGGCAGGGACGGAGGACAUGGUUGACUGGGGAAAAGGAGAGGGAACGAGAGCGGGGCUCAGGAUAGGGGAUCACGAUCUCAACAGGGGGGAGUGUGUGGCUACUUUUCCAACCGAGAAGGACACCGGCA